AUGGCUGACCCGCCGGUUAUUUCCUCCGUCAUCAUGUCUUCCGCUGCUGACGCAUCGACAUCGAAGCCGUCGACAUCGAAGGUUAAGUCCUUCUCCGAUACCGAGAGGUCGAAACCGAAACCUAAGUCGCAAUCUGCUCCUUCUGAUAAAGAGGGCAAGAAGUUGGAUUCGUUUGGCCGCCGCUUCUACUCUAUGGGAGCGUUGGCUGUGAAAGCUUCUAACUAUCUCGCCUGCAUGGGUCGAUACCAGUACACCCUGUGGGAACAGAUGUCCGACCUCUUGAUCCAUCUGCCUGAGGACAAGCUGUAUGCUGCGAAGCUCCUCCAGAAGGAGGGCAUGGUGGUCGCCAAGCAGCAGUUGUCAACAACCAAUCAUGUUCUGGAGGCCUCAUCCAAGACCAUGGCGUCAGCAGUCGCGCUUCGGCGUCAUUCUUGGUUGAGAACGACCUCCCUUCCCUACGACACCCGUACGUCGGUGGAGGAUAUGCCCUUUGAUGGCCUGGGCCUUUUCCAUGCCAAUACAGAUUCUUCCUUACAGGAUCUUGAUAAGAGUAUCAAGGCCUCCCGGUCCUUGGGGAUCUCCUCUACGUUCCGCCAUUCCGCCAAACCGAGGUCUUGGUCCCGCUCUGGGCAGAGAGUCCCAUCGUCCCGUCAGUCUCCAGACACCAGAUGGAGGCCUAGAUCUUAUUCUGGCAGCCAAAAGUCCUCCUUUCAACGGUCAAAGGCAGGACCUGCCCCCACAAACGUCUCGUCCCAAACAGGGAGAAGCAGCAAAGUGGUCUACGAUGAUCACGAGAGUGAGGAGGAGGAGGAGGAGAGCGUGGUGUCCGAAGAAGAGGAAGAGGGGGGACCGAAGCGCGACUCCGAGGAAGAGGAGGAAGCGGCGGUGGCCGUCGAGGAGGUCGACGACGACUCGGACUACCCGGAGGAGAUGGAGGACGAGGACGAUGCCAGCUAUUGCACCGAGAGCAGCUUCAGGAGCCACAGCACCUACAGCAGCACCCCAGGGAGGAGGAGACAAAGAGUACAUCGUCCGCGUUCUCCAAUAUUGGAAGAAAAGGAUAUCCCUCCCCUUGACUUGCCUAAAUCCUCAGAGGACUUAAUGGUGCCUAAUGAGCAAAUAAUGAAUGUUAUUGCCAUCUAUGAGGUACUGCGGAACUUUGGCAGUGUUUUACGCUUGUCCCCUUUUCGUUUUGAAGACUUCUGUGCUGCUCUGGUAAGUCAGGAGCAGUGUACACUUAUGGCAGAAAUGCAUAUAGUGCUUUUAAAAGCUGUUUUACGUGAAGAAGACACUUCAAAUACUACCUUUGGACCUGCUGACCUCAAAGAUAGUGUGAAUUCCACAUUGUACUUCAUAGAUGGGAUGACGUGGCCUGAGGUCCUGCGGGUAUAUUGUGAGAGUGACAAGGAAUAUCAUCAUGUUCUUCCUUUUCAAGAGGCAGAAGACUAUCCUUAUGGACCAGUUGAGAAUAAAAUCAAAGUUCUGCAGUUUUUAGUGGAUCAGUUUCUUACAACAAACAUUGCACGUGAGGAAUUAAUGUCAGAAGGUGUGAUACAAUAUGAUGACCAUUGUAGAGUUUGUCACAAACUGGGGGAUUUGCUUUGCUGUGAGACUUGCUCAGCUGUGUACCACUUAGAGUGUGUGAAACCACCUCUUGAAGAGGUACCAGAGGAUGAAUGGCAGUGUGAAGUUUGUGUAGCACAUAAGGUGCCUGGCGUAACGGACUGUAUUGCUGAAAUCCAAAAAAAUAAACCAUACAUUCGGCAUGAACCUAUUGGAUAUGACAGAAACAGACGGAAAUACUGGUUCCUGAACAGGAGGAUUGUUAUAGAGGAGGAUUCAGAAUGUGAAAGAGAUAAGAAAAUUUGGUACUAUAGCACAAGAGUCCAGCUGGCGGAAUUAAUUGAAUGCCUUGACAAAGACUACUGGGAAAUUGAUCUCUGCAAAACGCUGGAAGAAAUGCGUGAAGAAAUUUAUCGGCAUAUGGAUAUAACAGAAGACCUUACCAAUAAAGCACGGGGUAGCAACAAAUCCUUCCUUGCUGCAGCAAAUGAAGAAAUUCUGGAAGCAGUGAGGAUCAGAAAAGGAGAAAUACUGGAGGACAAGAGCGCAACAGCUGAUGAAACGGAAAAGGCCAGUAUUGAGAAUAAAGACAACACAGAUACAGAUACCAGCAAAGAGGAACUUUCAAAGCAGCAACUAGAUGUAAAUAAAGAUCUACCACCAGAAGAAAGUUCUGAGAAAGGAAAAAAGGAAGAGCCAACAGACAUGGAUAAAAGCAGCUCCUUGGCAUCACCUAUUGAAGACAGCAUCAGAAAUACUUCUGUGGAAGAGACGAUUGCCUCUGAAGGGAAGGACACAAUGGGGUGUGAGACAGAAAUGGGUGAUAACGAGGCAGAGAGGAAAUUGGCAGCAGAGUUCUCCAAAGAUGUCUCAGAUGAAACAACUAAGACUAUUUCUAGCCUGGAUAUUGGUUCAUCUACUGAAGCCCUCUUGCCAGAUUCAGAAAACACCGUUAGCUAUGAGCUCAACUCUAUGCACAGUGAAUCUAUGAAGACAUCUGAUGAAAUGGAAAACACUGAAGGAGGAUCCCAGAGUGCAGAGGAGCUAGGUGAUAAAUCUAAUGGUGAAAGAAGUGACUCUCCAAGCAUGGGAAGAGGCACCCCGGGCUCAACACGAAUGGUCACUCGGCUACGGAAUCCGGAUAGCAAGCUCAGCCAGCUGAAAAGUCAACAGGUUGCUGCUGCUGCUCAUGAAGCAAAUAAGCUAUUUAAAGAAGGCAAAGAGGUCCUUGUGGUUAAUUCCCAAGGGGAAAUCUCUCGACUUAACACCAAAAAAGAAAUAGUGAUGAAAGGAAACAUCAACAAUUAUUUCAAACUUGGUCAAGAAGGGAAAUACCGAGUGUACCAUAAUCAAUAUGCUACAAAUUCAUUUGCUUUGAACAAACAUCAGCAUCGGGAAGACCAUGACAAGAGACGGCACCUCUCUCAUAAAUUCUGUCUGAGUCCAGCUGGGGAAUUCAAAUGGAAUGGAUCUGUUCAUGGGUCAAAAGUUCUUACAAUAUCCACUCUGAGGCUAACAAUCAUUCAGCUAGAGAACAACAUCCCGUCCUCAUUCCUUCACCCCAACUGGGCUUCCCACAGGUCUAAUUGGAUAAAGGCUGUUCAGAUGUGUAGCAAACCUAGAGAAUUUGCAUUAGCUUUGGCUAUAUUAGAGUGUGCAAUUAAACCAGUUGUCAUGCUGCCGAUUUGGAGGGAGUCCUUGGGGCAUACCAGGCUACGGAGAAUGACAUCUAUUGAAAGAGAAGAAAAGGAGAAGGUUAAAAAAAAGGAAAGAAAGCAGGAGGAGGGAGAAAGCAUACAACAAGCAACAUGGGUGAAGUAUACAUUUCCCAUCAAACACCAGGUUUGGAAACAAAAAGGAGAAGAGUAUAGAGUAACCGGAUAUGGUGGAUGGAUUUGGAUUAGUAAAACCCAUGUUCAUAGAUUUGUGCCCAGACUACCUGGAAAUACUAAUGUUAGUUACAGGAAAUCACUACCAACAAAGAGGGAUGAUACCAUCUCAGAAAAACAACGUGAACUGGAUAAAAGGAAAAAUCCAACAAAAGUAAAAAUAGAAUCUGGCUCCUUGAAGGACAAAAUAAGAAUUUUUCGUGAACCACACAAGAAGGACCAAAAGGAAACUGAAAACUCUGAGACCACAAAGAAGGGUCAAACAAAGGAAGAAAGUGAAAUAAAAGAAGAGAAGGCUGAAGCUGACAACAAUUUUGAAAAAUCAGAUCAUGCAAAAAAAGUGGAGAAAGACGUUGAUGAAAAUGAUAAAGACAUCAAGGAGGAACCUAUGGAAGUAGAUGAAGCAAAAAUUGAUACCUCUACAAACGAUGAAGAAACCCCUAUCAGUGCAGAUUUAAUCAAUGUCAGUGAGGGUUUUCACUUAAGAACUUAUUACAAAAGGAAAGUAAAAACAUCAAAAUUAGAUGGACUACUUGAAAGGAGAGUGAAACAGUUUACACUGGAGGAAAAACAGCGACUAGAAAGAAUAAAGCUUAAAGCUAGCAACAGCUCUUCAGGUUGUAAACCUCUGAGUCCACAGAAGAAUGUUGAUGACCAACAAAUAACUAAGGCAGCAGAUGGAAAACAGAUGGAUUUAACUUCCCCAAAUGGAACCCAUAUUUCAGGUACAAAUGCAACUGAGGAUCCCGUUCAGGACCUCUUGUCAUCUACCAAUCUCUGUGUUACCAAAACCAGUGAACCAGUGCAAUCUAUGCCAUGUUUAAAUAGACUAUUAGAGGACGAAACAAGUGUCGCUUCAGUUCAGCGCCCUGAUACUCAAAGCUUAGUAGUGAAGAGUACAGAUGAAAAUAAGUCUGAACUGAUAGAUACAGAUAAAAUUCAAGCACAGAGUAAGGGAAUAGAGAUUGAUAACUCCAUUGUGAAUGAAGCUAAACCAAUAGAAAGCAAAGAAGCUGAUGAAUAUGGCAUCUUAAAAGACACAGCAAAAAGCUCAGAGCAAAUAAGUGCAGCAGAAACUCAGUAUGAAAAUGUUCAGCCAGUGCUACCUGAAAGCAUUUGCAAAGAAGAUGUUGUAUCUUCAACUGAGGAAGGACAUGAAGCUUUAAAAUCUGAAAAACAGGACUGUGAUUCUAUAGCAACUUGCAGUUUAGAAGAUCAUUCUGAGGUGCAAACAAAUGAUGUAAAGGAGGGUACUCAGGAAAAUAGUGAAGAUACAUCUGAAAACAAAACUUUGUUGAAUCAGAAACAAACUCUUGGGAAACUAAAGCCACUACACACUGAACUCAUUUCAGAAAAGGCAUAUGAGGCCCAGAUUCCUGACAUGAUUGGUGCAAAUAUUAUUGAUGAGGUAGUGAAAUCUAAAAUAGCUGAAACAAAUGGAGAAAAACAAGACCGGGAAAAGUUUGUCCCACCAAGUUCCAUAAAUAAAUGCUUUGAUCAGUUAAAAAGUAUUGCUGACAAAAAUAAUAAAAAUGGAGAAUUAGAUACUGGAACAGAAAAAGAAAAAUCGACAGCAUUUCAAAUUAAUGGAAAAGAUGCUGAUUUUAAAGUAUUGUCUAAUGAUCAGUGCUUAAAAAGAGAGUCAGUUGCACAGAGAGAGAGUAAUAUUGAUUCGAUAGUCAAUAAUAUUAAUAAAAGCAAUCCUUUAAUGAAACCAUUUUCUUCUAAUUUACCUGUAAAACCAUUUAUGAAUGGUGAUAUUGCUAUGGAAGAUACAGAUGAAAAAAACAACUUGGACACUGAGUUAUGUGCACAAAAUGCUAUGGAUUUGGAUGGUGAUUCUGUAGAAAAUGUUUUGCCUCAAGAUAAUGCUUCCCAGUUUACUCAAAACGUUGGAAAGAAGCAACAUUCUCCAGAAAGAUUUAGUCCUGUUGAUAACACACCCAUGCCAGCCUUACAGUCCUGUAAUGAGAACAGUAUAUAUAAUGAAACAGAAAGCACGGAAAUGGAACCUCCAUGUGUAAAGAAAGCUGCCCUGUCGCCUAUAAUUUCUGGUGAGGAAUCUAGCUUGAGUAACGACUUUGCUGAUCAAAAUGGACUGCAGACUUACAGCAAAGUUGAAAAUAUCAAUGGAGAAAAUGCAGUAAAAGCUGUUGUUACAGAAGUGACCACCACAUCUACUGUUUCUACUGAAUCCAAAACUAUUUAUAAAGUAUCACAAUUGACAGCCACCAAGGAUGAUAAAGAAAGCAUGGUGUCAUCCUCUGAAAACUGUUCCAUAUCCACUAUAACUACUACAACCACAACCACUGUAACAAAGCUUACCAGUCCUCCUGCAGACAGUGAUGCUGAUAUGAUUUCGGUAAAGGAGCGUAGUAAAACUGUGGUUACGACAACAGUAAUGGAUUCUUUGACUAUUCCAGGAGGAACCUUGGUGACUUCUAUGACAGUCAGCAAGGAAUAUUCCACAAGAGACAAAGUGAAGCUGAUGAAAUUUUCAAGACCUAAAAAGGCUCGUUCUGGAACAGCCUUGCCAUCUUAUAGGAAGUUUGUUACCAAAAGCAGUAAGAAGAGCAUAUUUGUUUUGCCCAAUGACGACCUAAAGAAGCUGGCAAGAAAAGGAGGGAUCAGAGAGGUUCCCUGUUUCAACUACACUGCAAAACCUGCUUUGGAUAUUUGGCCGUAUCCAUCCCCAAGACCAACUUUUGGUAUCACUUGGAGAUAUCGGCUUCAAACCGUAAAAUCAUUGGCAGGGGUAAGCCUUAUGCUGCGGCUACUGUGGGCAUGCCUAAGGUGGGAUGAUAUGGCUGCCAAACCCCCACCGGGUGGAGGAAUUACACGCACAGAAACAUCAGAAACAGAAAUCACAACAACUGAAAUAAUCAAGCGGAGAGAUGUUGGACCUUAUGGAAUUCGAUCAGAAUACUGUAUACGGAAAAUUAUUUGUCCCCUUGGAGUUCCAGAAGCCCCUAAAGAAACCCCUACACCGCAAAGGAAAGGUCUUCGAUCAAGUGCACUGAGACCUAAAAGGCCAGAAACCCCAAAGCAAACUGGCCCUGUAAUUAUUGAAACUUGGGUAGCAGAGGAGGAAUUGGAACUCUGGGAGAUAAAAGCAUUUGCUGAAAGAGUGGAGAAAGAAAAGGCACAAGCAGUUGAACAACAGGCUAAGAAGCGACUGGAACAACAGAAGCAGUCGCCGGUGGUGUGUGGGGCCUCUACAGCUACAGUAACUAGCUGCACUGCAACAACAGUCUCUGCUCCUCAGAAAGUUGUGGUAGGCCCAUUACCACGCUCUGUACCUAGUGGAGCCAAAGUAGUGCUUGCAACUAAAGUGGGAUCUCCAGCAACAGUUACAUUCCAACAAAACAAGAACUUCCAUCAGACUUUUGCUACCUGGGUUAAGCAAGGCCAGUCUUCAACAGCCACAAGCACAGCAGCAACAUCAGCAACAACCAUUUCCAGCAGCGGUCAGACUUUCCAGAUUGCAAGCAGUCCAGUAACUAUGGCUGGGAAAGUGUUAACAAAGCUGCCUCUGCCUGCAAACAGCAAAAUAGUUGCUGUUAACGUACCAGCAACUCAAGGAGGUGUAGUUCAAGUGCAGCAAAAAGUGUUGGGUAUCAUUCCAUCAACUACUGGAGCAAACCAACAAACCUUUACUUCAUUCCAGCCAAGGACAGCAACUGUAACAAUUAGGCCAAAUAAUACAGGGACUGUAUGUACAACUACUGCAUCACAAGUAAUAUCUGGGACUCCUCUCCGACCUGGGAUGACAGUUAUAAGGACACCGCUUCAGCCGUCAGCAUUAGGAAAGACCAUAAUUCGAACACCUGUGGUGGUACAGCAAGGUAUUCUCCCAGCCAGUCAGACCCAGCAAGUAGUGACUCAGAUCAUCAGAGGGCAGCCUGUGUCAACAGCUGUAUCUAGUGCUACCACCAUGUCUACAAGUCAGAAGAUGGCAACAGCUCCUGGGCCACCUUCACAGCACAUGCAGCCACCAGCCACACCUCCACACCCUCCUCGUCCUCAGCAGGGUCAGGUGAAACUUACUAUGGCACAACUCACGCAGCUCACACAAGGACAGGGUGGCAGUCAGGGUUUGACUGUGGUAAUUCAGGGGCAGGGCCAAACAACAGGCCAGUUACAGUUGAUACCACAGGGUGUAACGGUAAUACCAGGACCAGGACAACAACUAAUGCAAGCAGCUAUGCCAAAUGGUACAAUUCAAAGAUUUCUUUUCACCCCAUUACCAGCAGCGGCUACUGCAGCUAGCACAACUACUACAACAGUUUCCACUUCAACAUCAGCUGCAGGAGGACAGAAGCAGACUUCCCCAGCUCAGACACAAACACAGCCAGUGCCAGGGCUUCCACCUGCUGAGCCCCAGCCUCCGAGUCAGCUCCCAGCCCAGCCACAAGGGCAGCCCCAGAGCAGCCAAGCUCCGUCUCAGCCCACAGCACAGCCACAGCCUACCCAAUCUCCGCCUCAAGCUGAAGCCCAGGCUCCACCUGAAGCUCAGACUCCAGCUUUGCUUCCAUGUCCAGUUGUCUCUGAAGCACAGCCACUGACAGAGCAGCCUGCUGUAACUCCAGCUGUUGUUCAGGAUCCAUCCCAGAGCCAUGCACAAGGGCAGCCUUUAGCUCAAGCUCAGAACCAGUCACAGACACUUGUGCACCCACCAACUCCACCCAAAGUCCAAGCUAUACAGCCUGCUCCGGUGCAGACCACCACCCAGCAGCAGGUCCAGAUGCCACCACACACUGCUAUACAGAUUCAUACUCCACAGCCCCAAAUUUCAACUUCUGUUCAGACUUUUCCAGUUGCCCCAAACGUAAAUCAAGUCACUGUGCAAGCUCCAUGCCCUCCACUGCAAAUUCAGCCACCCCAGACAAAGGUGAUUACCGUACCCCAGCUUCAGCAGCAAGUCCAAGUAUUCUCCCAGCUUCAGUCCCAUGUCGUGGCGCAGAUACAGGCCCAGCAAGGUGGAAUGCCUCAGCAGAUCAAGCUUCAGUUGCCUAUUCAGAUUCAGCAAGCAGGUCCCAUGCAAGCUCAUCAGAUUCAGAAUGUGGUGACUGUUCAAGCUGCCAGCGUUCAGGAACAACUGCAAAGGGUUCAGCAUCUCAGGGAGCAGCAGCAGAAGAAAAAACAGCAGCAUAUAGAAAUUAAACGGGAACACUCCCUUCAGGCUUCGAAUCAAAGUGACAUUAUCCAGAAACAGGUGGUAAUGAAACAUAAUGCUGUGAUAGAGCAUUUGAAACAGAAAAAAACAUUGACCCCUGCUGAACGAGAAGAAAAUCAGAGAAUGAUAGUGUGCAACCAGGUAAUGAAAUAUAUUCUAGAUAAGAUAGAUAAAGAAGAAAAACAGGCAGCUAAGAAACGAAAACGGGAAGAGAGUGUGGAACAAAAGCGUAGUAAACAGAAUGCUACCAAACUCUCAGCUCUGCUCUUUAAACAUAAGGAACAACUUAAAGCUGAAAUAUUGAAGAAGCGAGCACUUUUAGAUAAAGACCUACAAAUCGAAGUGCAGGAAGAGCUAAAGAAAGACCUGGCAAAAAUUAAGAAAGAAAAAGAAAGGGCCCAGGCAGUGGCUGCAGCUGCUGCCACACCUCCUCCUCCUCCCCCUCCUCCUCCACCGCCACCUCCUCCACCUCCUCCACCGCCACCACCACACACUGCCAGUGUUUCAUCAACAGCCACAGUCACAACUUCCAUUUCAUCUCACAAGAGAAAACGAGAGGAGGAGAAGGAGUCUUCAUCUUCAAAAUCUAAGAAAAAGAAAAUGAUUUCUACUACCUCAAAGGAAUCCAAGAAGGACACGAAACUUUACUGCAUCUGCAAGACGCCUUAUGAUGAAUCUAAGUUCUAUAUUGGCUGUGAUCUUUGUACUAACUGGUAUCAUGGAGAAUGUGUUGGCAUCACAGAAAAGGAGGCUAAGAAAAUGGAUGUGUACAUCUGUAAUGAUUGUAAACGGGCACAAGAGGGCAGCAGUGAGGAAUUGUACUGUAUCUGCAGAACACCUUAUGAUGAGUCACAAUUUUACAUUGGCUGUGACCGAUGUCAGAACUGGUAUCACGGGCGCUGCGUUGGUAUUUUGCAAAGUGAGGCAGAUCUCAUUGAUGAGUAUGUCUGUCCACAGUGUCAGUCAACUGAGGAUGCCAUGACUGUACUCAGUCCCUUGACAGAUAAAGAUUAUGAGGGGCUGAAGAGAGUCCUACGUUCAUUACAGGCUCACAAGAUGGCAUGGCCAUUUCUUGAACCAGUAGAUCCCAAUGAUGCUCCAGAUUAUUACGGUGUUAUCAAAGAACCUAUGGACCUUUCCACCAUGGAGGAAAGAAUACUAAGCCGUUACUACAAAAAAGUGACGGAAUUUGUGGCUGACAUGACCAAAAUUUUUGAUAACUGUCGUUACUACAAUCCAAGUGACUCUCCUUUUUAUCAGUGCGCAGAGGUUCUUGAAUCCUUCUUUGUACAGAAACUAAAAGGAUUCAAAGCAAGCAGGUCUCAUAACAACAAACUGCAGUCUACAACUUCCUAAAGUUUCACGUGUUACCCUAACACAAACAGCAAGAAUCUGGUUGUCUGAAUUUUUUUUACAUGGGAAGCCAGAGGUUAUUAGUCAGGUUGUCCUGACAGCAUCUUGAUGUAAACUGCAUUUUUUAUCAGUCACAUCAGAUUAUAUUCUUGGCUGAUUUUUGUCCAAAGGACAAAAGAAUGAAAAUCAGCGACAUCGUGUUCUUGUCGAGGUCAAAUUAUGCUGUUGUAGCAGUAACAAGAGAACAUUUUAUUGAAGGACAAAAGAGAGAAAAGCUAGAAAAAGAAGAUACAGUAGAAUGGGGUCAAGUCCUAACUCCAUGGAAAUGCCACGUCCGUUCUUCAGUGAAGAAGCUGGUUUAAAGUCCACCCAGAGAACUUUUGACUGUAUUUAUUUAUUAUUGCAAAAGUACGCUUUUUUAUUGCUGCCCUCAUUUGUCAGCUGAUUAUUUUUUUCUUAUAAACCCCCCCUAGCCCUGGUUAUAUGUAACCCAUUCUGUAUCUUACCAUGAUUCCUGUAGGUAAAAGUACAAGAUGACCUCUAGAUGUCUUUUCUUUCUAUGAAAGGAGCUGCUAUGUACACAUGUGCACAAACAAACUGGGAAUCAACAAUGAGUUUAUCAUUCAUGGUAGAUGAAAACAAUUAAGCUUGCAUAAAAGUUGGGCUGAAGUGGUCAUGGACUACAGACAUUUUUGUCUUGAAUAUAACAGUACAAGUUGUCAUUUACUCUG